GCCGGCCACUUUCCCCACCGCGCACACUGGAGUCAAGCCUCGUCGCCUCGACCCCGCUGACCCGUGGUCUUCUCCGCCAUGGCGGAUGCGACGAAGCCUCUCCACCCGGUCCUGCAGGCGGUUGACGACGGCAACCUCCGCCUCCUCAAAGAGACGGCGGGCGUCGUGGCGGACGACGGCAUCUGGUCGCGCGCGCUGGUUCUGGCGGCCAUGAAUGGGCGGCUGGACGUCUGCCGGUGCCUCGUCGAGGACCUCCGCGUCGAUGUCAACCAGCGCACCUUCACAGGUGAUACAGCUCUGGCCAUUUCUGCAGCUUAUGGGACAGCUGCUAUCACAAAAUAUCUUCUAGAUCGCGGCGCUGAUCCAACUUUAGUUGGUGCCCUGUGGCCACCUCUUCAUGGUGCUGCAAUGAGUGGAGAAUGUGAAAUACUAGAACUGCUGCUUUCAGCUGGAAUUGAUGUGGAUUGUUUCGAUUCUGUGUACGGGACCCCAUUGCAUGCUGCCGCUGCUGUUGGUGAAGAUGGCGCGGUGAAUAUUUUGUUGGAGCAUCAUGCAGAUCCUGAUAAGAUUCUCAACCUUCAUAGCACCCCGCUAAAUCUGUCCAUACUUUCCAAAUCGCUGGAAUGUGUGAAGCUACUCAUUAAGGCUGGUGCUGAUGUGAAUAAAAUUGACCAUAAUGGUUAUACUUACCUGAUGGUAGCAGCGGACAUUUGCUUACCUGGUAUCAUGAAGUGCUUACUAGAUGCUGGUGCUAACCCCGAUAUUCCUGAUCCAUUUGGUACAACUGCAAUUGAAAUUGCUGCCCUCCGAGGCAGAAGGGAUAUGGUUGAGAUGUUAUUUCCUUUAGCUUCUACUAUUUCAACGUUGCCGGAUUGGAGUGUUGAUGGAAUUAUUUGUCAUGUGAAAUCAUGUGGUUUGCCGAAGGAUAUACAUCUAUGUGAAAAGAAAAGAGCUGAACUGAAAUUGCAAGCUACAGAGGCUUUUAAGAGAAAGGAACAUAUGAUAGCGGUAGAGCUAUGUACUUGUGCAAUGAAUUUUGAGCCAAGUGCAGAAGAUCUUGCAAUCCUCCUAGCAAAUAGGAGUUUAUGUCUGCUGCACUCGGGAAGAGGAAAAGACGCGCUCUCUGAUGCUACUAGGUGCACAAUGUUGCGACCUCUCUGGCCCAAAGGUUACUAUCGACUAGGGGCAGCCUUAAUGUUUCUAGAGGACUAUGAAGAAGCGUCUCGGGCUUUUGCGGAUGGCUUGGAACUGGAUCCUGCAAAUGCUCUAAGGAAAGAGGAAAAGCUGGAAAAUGCCACGCAGAUGGGCUGGAAUCGUGUGUGCACCCAACUGCUGCUGCACGUGCUUGCGUACCCCGUCCCCCCACCACUGCCGCGUACGACAACGGCUUCCUGUGCCUUCCAUGUUCCUGCCCCCCACCAUGACGAGUGUGCCAAAAAGCACAUCCAAAUAACCCUAUCCAGUGCGCUCCCAUGCUUGAGUAGGGCUGCAUUAAACUGUGGAGGAGUGGUUUCGUUCUCGAAGGUUCACGUGGUCAAGCUACCAAAAAAAACUCAUUUACACACUUUUCCAACAAAAAACAUGACAAUAUUUCUAUAUAUCGAGAAAUCUAACCACUAGUCGACUGGUGGUUAGCGACAGGCACGUACGAUCGCUCUCGUCUGUUUUUUUCAUUCGAUUGUUGUUUACGAUCGCUCCCGCUCCCGCCCGCUCCUGAUCCCGAAUCCGAGGGCAGGAGGAGUCGAACCUGGGAUCUAACAGACCAGGCAGUAUUAGAAAUCUACCAGCAACCACCUAAACAAACUUUAUGUUGUGAUUUGAUUCAUGUUAGAUAUUUUUCAUACCUUCA